GUCGGUCCCCGGCGGGUCCGCCCCCCGUCCCGGGCGCGGGGGAUGGCGGUGCGGAGCGGCGGGCGGCGGCACCAUGGAGCAGCGCCGCGGCAGGUGGCCGCUGACGCCGCUGCUCGCGCUGCUGUUCGUGCUGGUCGUCUGCCAGUACGCGGGGCCGCGGCGCGCCGCCUCCUGCCCCGACCCGGGGGCCCGGACCGACGCCGCCAGCGCCGGCCCGGACGAGGGGGCCGGGGGGCGCGGGGCAGCGGCGUCCGGGCCCCGCUUCCCCUUCGACAUGCGGGGCCGGGACGUGCUGGUGUUCCUGCACAUCCAGAAGACCGGCGGCACCACGUUCGGCCGGCACCUGGUGAGCAACAUGCGGCUGGAGCGGCCCUGCGCCUGCGGGCCCGGCCAGAAGAAGUGCACCUGCCGCCGGCCCGGCCGCCGCCGCGGGGACACCUGGCUCUUCUCCCGCUUCUCCACCGGCUGGACCUGCGGGCUCCACGCCGACUGGACCGAGCUCACCCGCUGCGUGCCCGCCCGCAUGGCCACCAAGGCCGGGGGACGCGCCUGCCGAAAGCCCCGGGACGGAAACUUCUAUUACAUCACAAUGUUGAGAGAUCCAGUGUCGCGGUACCUGAGUGAAUGGAAGCACGUCCAGAGAGGUGCUACCUGGAAGACAUCCCUGCACAUGUGUGAUGGAAGAAGCCCGACUCCAGAUGAGCUGCCAUCCUGCUACUCAGGGGAUGACUGGUCUGGGGUCCUCUUGAGGGACUUCAUGGAAUGCGGGUACAACUUGGCCAACAACCGCCAAGUCCGCAUGCUGGCGGAUCUCAGCCUGGUGGGGUGCUACAACUUGACGUUCAUGAAUGAGAGCGAGAGGAAUGCCAUCCUGCUGCAGAGCGCCAAGAACAACCUGAAGAACAUGGCCUUCUUCGGGCUCACCGAAUUCCAGCGGAAGACACAGUAUCUGUUCGAGAGGACCUUCAACCUCAAGUUCAUCUCUCCCUUCACCCAGUUCAAUAUCACCCGCGCCUCCAAUGUGGACAUCAACGAGGGCACCCGCCGGCGCAUCGAGAAGUUGAACUUCCUGGACGUGCAGCUGUACGAGUUCGCCAAGGACCUUUUCCUGCAGCGUUACCACUACACCAGACAGCAGGACCACCAGAGGGAUAGGGAGAAGAGGAGGGAAGAGAGGAGGUUGUGGCGAGAGCACCAGACCCACCAAUUGCAGAAGGUGGAUGGGGUCACUGGGGAAGCCGUCACAGAGGACUACAACAGUCAGGUGGUCCGAUGGUGACAUAGCCUCCCUCUCCUCCCCUGGGGAAAUAGGACAUUCGGACUGUGCGGUGGACAGUGGAUUUACCCUGGGCUGGGGUUAAGGGGAGUUGUCAUGAGCCCUUUGGCUGCCAGAAACUUGAGGUGGACGCAGCCCCUCUUCAUCUUAGGUUUUCUUGAUUUUUUAACCAGCUGGGGGAUGUUUUUCUUAAUGCCUUUCAAACCGCAUUACUAAACAGAGUAGAAUCUUAUCGUCUUGGAUAGGCCUGUAGAUGACAGAGGGGACUAGGGCCAAUGGGCUGGAGUUAAAACCAAAUCCUGUUAAAAUCGAUCUACAUCAUAAUAACUUUGUACAGUAUAUGUUCAUUCAUUCAUUCGAUCAUGAUUAUUGAGCGCUUACUGUGUG